AUGGCGAAACCACAACUUACGGCAGGUGUGGAUUUCAUUAGUAAUCUUCCUGAUUCCCUUUUGAUUGCUAUCAUUUCUCUCCUUUCGAGCACUGAAAGUGUGAGAACAAGUGUUCUUUCCAAGCAAUGCGAUUCUCAGUGGUUAUUUGAUGCUUGUUUUGGGUAUUUGAUUAUUGAGGUGUUUAUUGGAGUUAAUCCUCUGACAAAGGAAGAAAAUAUGGAUGCAAUUGCUGAAGCAGCCAUAUUAAUUAACUUGGUUGUGGAUGCUUAUGUUGGCUUGGAAAGUUGUAGGAUUCGACAUUUGCCAGAGAGCUGCAUUAGUGGCGAAGUUGAGGGAUGGAUGAGGAAGCUUUUGUUGAAAGGAGUGAGAAAGAUUUCAUUGGAGCGGGAAUCUGAUUGUGUGAUUUCUCAGCAACAACUAAAUGAAUUUCUAAUUUAUAGUAGGGGGAAAAUUGAUUUACCAUUUGAUAUUUUCUCAGGUUUUGAGGUUCUUGAGUUGAAGAACUAUUAUCUUAAAAUUUUACCCUCGCGCAAUCCCCCCCAAUUUUUAAAAACCUUAACCCUUAGUGAUGUGAAUGUAUCACUAGAUGAUUUUCAAAAGAUUCUUUCUCAUUGUUUGUCUCUUGAAAAUCUAACCCUAGAGAAGUGUCAUGUCGAGAAUGUUAUGAUCCAGAGUCCAAGUCUCAAAUUUCUUAAAAUUUGUGACAUGUUUCUAUCAGAGUUUGUCGUUUUUGCUGUUAACAUUGAGGUCAUAGAGAUUGGUACAAUUUUUUGCAAUGCUAAGAAACUGGUUUUUAAGACUCCAAAACUUCAGGCUCUCUGUUCUUCCUAUGAUAUGAAGAAGAAAGAAAUUUAUUUUUCUCCUAGUUGA